AGUUGGUCAGUGGUGUACGAGCAUCAUGUCCGACGAGUCAUGUCUCGAAUGCUUAAGGUCAGUACCUCGCUUGCUUAUGGUCAGGUCCGUGUUCAAUGGCCGUCAGGAACUGCCCGAACAGGAAGUUUGCAUGGUGCAUUCCAGUCAUGCCGUGCUGGACUGAUCAGCCAAUCGUUCCGAGGUCGGUGAUUUUGUUGUCCUGGUUAGUGAAUGCGGCAUCUUCGGAGCGUUCCUCCCUGAGCAGCGCAAUUGAGCAAACGCUGCGAAGGCAGCUCAAAGGGGGGUGUCACAGCAUCCCAAAGCGCCAUUGCAGCACUGCAGGUCCGGCAGCGAGAGCGAGCGUUCAGACGGUCACAACUGAGAUGCGAGGAUUGGCGAGGAAAUGGACGCGACAUGCUGGACGCGGGACGGAAGCGGUUGGUCAGCGGCGCUACUUGGUUCCGUCGUAGCCAAACCGCCGGGAUGCGCAGUUCACUCUCACGUCGACUCCGGAUGUCUCCUCAAUCCAAUCAGGAUGCAUCGCGCGUCCACAAGUGCUCGCGCAGCUGAAGCAAACCCGGCAGAGCAAUCUGCCUAAUGUCGAUAUGGAAUGGAUGUCUGCCAAGGCGCGAGGCUGUCCCCGUUCCCUCCCACCGCAGCCCAGCAGAGACGUGCUCCGCUUCGACGCGCUUGCUCCGUUCUGCUGAUA